AAGCAUCUCCCAUAAAAGUCACAAGUCUCAUCCUCCUUCCUAAAACAGAGCAAAACAGAGCAAAAGAAACAAUGGAGCUCAGUUGCAGAACUAUGCUGUACCUCAUUUCUACGCUAUUAUUGUUCCUCUCAUUAUCAUCAUCAACAGCAACAGCAGAAUCAGACCCAUCAUCAUCGUCGUCGUCAAUUAUAUCAAGAUUCCAACAGUACCUCCGAAUCAACACGGCCCAGCCGAGCCCCCAGUACGCUGAAUCUGCCGAUUUCAUCCUCUCCCAAGCCAAGUCCCUCUCGCUCGAGGCCCAGACGCUGGAGUUCGUGGAGGGCAAGCCUCUGAUUCUCCUCAAGUGGCCCGGCUCCGAUCCCAGCCUCCGCUCAAUCCUUCUCAACUCUCACACCGACGUUGUUGCGGCCGAGCACGACAAGUGGUCGCACCCUCCCUUCAGUGCCCACCUCGACCGGGACGGCAACAUCUACGCCAGAGGGUCCCAGGACAUGAAGUGCGUUGGCAUGCAGUACCUCGAGGCCAUUCGCAAGUUGAAGGCUUCUGGGUUCCAGCCCCUUCGCUCUGUCUACCUGUCCUUUGUGCCGGACGAGGAGAUUGGUGGCCACGAUGGUACCGAGAAGUUCGUGGAUUCCGAUGUUUUCAACAGUUUGAAUGUGGGCAUUUUACUCGACGAAGGGUUGGCUUCAACGAAUGAGAACUACAGGGCGUUUUAUGCGGAAAGGGGUCCGUGGUGGCUGGUGAUUAAGGCUACUGGGCAGCCAGGCCAUGGGUCGAGGUUGUAUGACAAUACGGCUAUGGAGAAUCUGCUGAAAAGCAUUGAGAGUGUGAGGAGGUUCCGAGCUUCGCAGUUGGAUUUGGUGAAGGCAGGUUUAAAGGCCGAGGGGGAGGUUGUUUCGGUUAAUUUGGCGUUCUUGAAGGCGGGCACGCCGACUCCAACUGGUUUCGUCAUGAAUGUGCAGCCAUCUGAAGCACAAGCAGGUUUUGAUAUUCGAGUGCCACCAACUGCCAAUCCAGAACCUCUGGAGAGACGAAUCGCUGAAGAAUGGGCACCUGCUUCACGUAAUAUGACAUUCGAGCUUGGGCAGUUUAAGCAGAAGGUUUCUGUGCGUGAUAAGUUUGGGAAGCCAAUGCUCACCGCCACUGACAGUUCUAACCCCUGGUGGACCUUACUAGAAGAAGCUGUCAGAAAAGCUAAUGGCAAACUUGGUAAGCCAGAAAUCUUUCCUGCCGCAACAGAUGCUCACUACUAUCGCUUACAUGGCUUGCCAGCAAUAGGCUUCUCUCCUAUGGCAAACACUCCUAUUCUCCUCCAUGAUCAUAACGAGUUUCUAAACCAAGAUGAGUACUUGAAAGGAAUUGAUGUCUAUGUGUCAAUAAUCAAAGCUUAUGCAUCUUAUGUUGAACAUACAAGAAAGGAGGGCUCCAGAGAUGAGUUAUAACGGAGCGGGGGGAUACUCUCCAUCUUAUGUUGAACAUACAAUUUGUAAUGACUUGCAAGUGUAGUAAUAUAAAGAGAAAACUUCACAGUAGGAUACCGAACUAUAGGCCGUUUUGACGGAAGGGUAUCGAACUAUCAUUUCUCUCAAACGGGUUAUUAAACUAUCAAAAACCAUCACAUAAGGGUAUUCCGUCAGGAUUUGGAGUUAAAUCCGGACGGAAGUUGAGUCACAUGCUAUGCACGUGAUUUUUAUAAGCAGAACUUCCCAUUAUGCCCCUCAAGAAACCACUCGAGUUGCAGACCCAACCAGUUUAUUCUUUGCAAUUAAUACCCGUUAUGCCCCUCUUACCAGAUCGCAUGUCAAUCUUGGUCACCAGCUCAGCAAACUUCACGGCAAUGUGGCAGGUGUGGCAGUCGAGCACUGGAGCAUAAUCACACCAUGAAUGAUGUCAAGGACAACAUUUUUCACGAACAGACGGGUGUCCUGGACAACGACUGGUAUCUGAUCUUUGCUGGAAAGCAACUUGAGGAUAAAGGAAGAAGCCCUAUUAGAGAUGUCUAGUGCCUCGUUCCCGAUAUUUGUUAGUCUAUGGAUUGGGGAGACCUUUAGGUUUUUUGUACAACAAUGUAAAAGCAUCUGUGAUUUCAAGAACGAGUUUUCUUUAA